CACGCACAUGGUUAGGCUUAUUUGGUUCCCGAUAUCCCCGGUCGUUACCUGUGAUUGGAUAUCAGGGAAUGAUGAACCUUCCACACGAUUCGAUGCAGAAACAAAUGCAGCUUCAUUAUUUAAACACGUAAAUAUGUAUUGUACGAGGCUUUCUACCCAUUGCAGUCAAAACCAUGCAGGUCCCUCUCGUUUCCGUCAAUCUUGCGACCGUGGCACUUGAAAGUUUUUUAUACGGAAUCUUCUUCGUCCUCGAUCUGACAUCGAUAACUUUGCUUUUUGUGCGACGGUCCAGAAGGUCUCCAAAUACUGUCGUGUCGGUCAUGCAGCGACCCAUGUUCAUCGGGGCUGUUGGUUUAUUCAUAACCAUUACAGCGCACUGGAUUUGUACAGUUAUACGAUUAUUCGAUGCAUUCGUCACUUUUGAAGACGGAAAGCAGCCUUUGGAAUUCUACGCCAACCUGUCACAUAUAACAGAAGUUGUGAAAACCGGGUUUCUAAUGGCCUCGUUAGUUAUUGGUGAUUCAAUGAUCAUAUACCGCCUAUGGGUCGUUUGGGGAUUCAAUUACUACGUCAUAAUUUUCCCUCUGUUAACGUUGGCUGGACUUACAGGUAUCUGUUGUAAAAUCCCUCUACGUGACAAUGACUUUAUUCAGAUGAUAGUGUGUGGUAUUGGGAUCACGUACCAGUUUACACAAUAUUUCCCGGGUCUGGACGUCUUUGCUUCGGAAGCUGGUAGAUGGAUCACAUGCGAUUGCAUCUUCACACUUCUUACUAACAUAUAUAGUUCCACUAUGAUUGCGUGGUACAUAUGGAACACACAUAGAAAAUCCGCAACCGCUGUUGGAGGGACCAGCUUGAUGUCUGUUCUUGCGAUGUUCAUCGAGAGCGCAACAAUAUACACAUCGUGGACGAUUUUCUUCACGGCGUCAUAUCAAUCCAAAUCAAAUCUCCAAUUUACUGCUGUCGAUAACUGGCCGGAGGUUGCAGGUAUUGCCUUCAGUUUGAUCAAUAAGGCAGGACCAUCCUAUUCUUCUGCUGGAUCGUCAAUGUUUCGUAGCAAUGCACGCGGUGGUUCCACACCUGCCGCAGAGAUCCCAUUGCGUCCCCUGACAAUCAACAUAUCACAGGCAAUGGUCAAGGACACGGACGAGGAUCAGAAUCCAAGUGAGGAUGCAGGUCGAAAAUCGGGUGUCAAGGAGUCGGAAAUGCAUGUGUAA